AGCCAUUUUGGCUCAAGAAGCACUUUCGCUGAGGGCGUAGAUUCAUCAAGUGUCCCGAUAACCAGUCCCAUUGUUCGCACAUGAUGGCAACACUCAGUGCCAUCCAGAGCGUCGUGGAGGCAUAUGUCUCCAGCGUCGCACCAACCACGUUGGCCUUUGGCUUCUUGACCCUGGUGCCGUGGAGCUCGCAGGAAAAGCCGGCCAACGUGCUGACAUCUGGAGCAGGCGGAGAGGUGAGUUUGGAAAGCAUCGCCCAGAUAGUGGAGCAGCACGACGUCGUGUUGAUCGUAUCCGUAUACAGGACGAAGAGGGAGAAGAGAGGCGUGGCAGGUCUUCUGAAGUAUCUGAGGACGGCGCAUCCCGACGCGAUCGUCUUCUUGGUACAGCUUCCAGAUCGGCUUGAUACCGAGCUGACCAAGGCCUACAUCAGUGAAUUGAUGGCGCGGCAGGACGAGCUCUACAGCUUUGGAGCGGACGGCGUGUUGAUGGAGCUGGCAGGUGACCCGGAGGGGCUGCAACAUAGGUUAAGCUUGGAGCUUCAAGAGAACGCCGCCAUUCAGCAGCGCGUGCAGGCAUUUGCUAACAAUGCGAACCAGGGGAUACCCUCUGCCAGGGAUCUCAAAAUCAUCGAGGACGAGUUCCGUGGUCUCCUCUGGAAUGACAUCCCGAAUUUGUUGAUGUCAGGCUUCGCGCCACUGGACAAGCGUCUCCUGGAAGAUGGGAAUCGGGUCGGGCAUUUCCGGUUUGUGCGCCCACAUUCGGAUCACCACCACGUGUCGGUGGCCGUGAAAGGACAGCAUGAAAAGGUAGUGAUCAAAGUGUACGAUAAGCGCAGCGUCACCGAUGCCAAGAUGGUGGAGAGCAUAUACCAAGAAUUCUGUCUCUUGACGCACAUCCUUGACCACCCACACAUCAUCCGAUGCGUAGGUAUGUUGCAGAGCCGGUGUAAUGUGUAUUUGGCUCUCCAGUACGGUGGAGACGUGUGCAUGGAGCAGGUGUUGUUGACUCAAGGAGGCCACCGCUUGUCCAGGGACGACGCCUUGAACUGCAGUGCCCAGGUCGCGAGUGCUCUGUCCUACUGCCACGCCCAGGACGUCGUGCAUGGGCAAGUGUCUCUGAGGCACGUGACGGUAGAGAUGGCAUGGAAUCGGCACAUUUGCCGCCUUGUGGACUUCAGCAUGGCAGCCCACGUUCCAAACUCAAGCACAAGGAAGACCUUCUGCGGAUCUCUACCAUGCGUCGCUCCAGAGACGGUGCUGGAUGAGCCGUAUUUGCCUAAGCCAGCAGACUGCUGGAGUGUUGGGGUGCUGCUCCUGGAGACCGCUUGCGGGCAGGGUUCGCUCGAGAUGUCCGUCCAGUGGCGCCGUGGCGAGUCCCUCGCAUACGUUGCGUGGGAAAUUCUCGAGUUCUUCUCCCAGGCUGGCUGCCACACCGAGGCGAUGACGAAGAUGGGCAACGUACUUGACGGCAUAACGCUGGCGUGCUUGGGGGCGGUGUUGAAGCCCGAGCCAGCUUGCAGAGCGAGUGCGUCCGACAUGGUGGAGAUGUUAUCUAUUGCGCACUCCGAGGAAACGGGCUUUGAUUGAUGUGUUGUUAGUUGCUUUUGCAUUGCGGGCGCGUGUGCAGGAGCGCAUGCACUCCACAAUUUCGCAUCAUUUUCGCAUCCGUGGGGAGUAAUGCCAGAACCAGCAGGCGAGCUUUUAAGUGUAAAGGCGCAGUCGGUGCUCACGAGGCCAGAUGAACUCCGCGCGCGCGUCCGAGGACGAGGUGACCGUGGCCUCCCUCUGCUCCUCCUCUUUUGGCACUGUUCGGCCCUGCUUCCUUCCAGCGAAGGUGCCUGCAUCGCAGCGCUGCUGCCGCUGUCUUUACAUAGGGGCUGGGUGCCCCCGAAUCCACCGGGCUGGUGCCUGCGUGUGAAUACAUGCGUGAGUAUACAUCGGUAUACGUUUGCGGAGGAGUGCAACGCAGCAUUGAUCAGCCAGUGUCUGCACUAGCGUCCUCCGCCACAGCCUCCAGCCAGAAUUUCGACGAGCCUCCGCUAAGCGGAGGCCAUCUUCGAGAAGAAGCUCGGGGCAAACCGUUAAGGCCGUCUGCUUCCGUGGCGCGAGGCAACAAUCGGCGCGCCGCCGUGGGCCCGUGCGCAAAUACUCACGGACGUGGGGCAGUCGAGAGGCGUUGCCACAUCCGUCCGGCCGAUGGUGGGGUACGGGACGGCUGUAUGCCUCGGACUGGCAGAGCCCAUCCGAGGCAGAGAGCUGAUGGCAGGAUGGCGGGCUUCCGUCCCGUGAGCCCCCCUCCUGCCUGGCAGCUGAGUGCCGACUGGAUGCUCUGUUGCCAGUCUUCUAUCCUCGUCCUCGCCCUCCUCUUCUCUUUGUAUGCCUUGUCUCCGGCGUGAUUCGCCCGAGUGCAUAUCUUCUGCGCGACUGUAUCGGGACGGCGCACACUGACGCGUGCAUAACUCGACAGGUAGAACAGUUCUCUGGGAGCAGGAUUCUAGAGGCGCCGUCCCCCGUCGCUCGCACUUGGCACCUCCGCCUGCUGCCCGCGCCUGAGUUAUCCUCUGCGCCGCGGACUCCCGGGACGAGGAGCCCGAGGCUCUGCGCGCUCGGGCGGGACCGUCGCCUUGGUUGGGGCCCCGGAGGCUGACGCUGGAGGGGCCCGCGCCCGAGUUAUCCUCUGCGCCGCGGGCUCCAAAGUGCCGCGGGACGAGGCGCCCGAGGCCCUGCGCGCUCGGGCGGCGGGGGCCGCACAGGGCGCUACAGAGGAGCCGCCUGCGGCGGCGGCCUGGCGCAGGGCGGCGGCCCGGUCGCCGCAGGGCGUCGCGGGCGGCCGUUGGUUGGGGCCCCGGAGGCUUACGCUGGAGGGGCCUCGGCUGCGCGCCCGAGGCCACCCGCCCGGGCGCGGCGGCGCGCCAAAGGCCCCCCGCCCUGGGAGGAGGAGGUCAAAGGCCCCCGCCCAGGCGGAGCCUCGGACUCCGAGGGGCGGCGCCGCCGAGCGGCGGCGCGCUCUCCGGCCUGCCGUAGGGCCAGCCUGUGAUUACCCAGCAUGCAGAAGAAUGUUCGGGGGCUCCGCCGCGCGACGGCUCGUCGUGGCCUCCCGCUGCGCUGGAGGCUGCACCAUCGUUGC